AUGCAAUUCAAUUCAAAAAAAAAUAUUAAAGCCGAUUCUUUAUCUGACGAUUUAAAAUUUGCAUUGGAUAAUCCCUUAUAUAGUGAUGUAAAGAUAAAAGGAAACGAUGGAAAAGAAAUAAGUGCUCAUCUUAUAAUAUUAGUGGCACGUUCAGAGAUGUUUAGGUUAUUAAUUGAAAUGAAAGAUUCCACUCAAAAUGUGAUAGAAUUCCCAGAGUUUUCUUCGAAAACUUUACACGUUGUACUUGAAUAUUUAUAUACCGGGAAAGUGACAGAAGCAACGUUGAAGAUUGAAAUCAUUGCUAAAGCUUUUCAUAGUGCUGAUUAUUUUUUACUUGAACCGUUAAAACAUCAAAUUAUCGAAUUUUUUACAUAUUAUUUAACAAGCCAUGAGGAUAGAAUAAAUGUUUCGGCUAAAAUUUUAUCUCAACUUUUGAAAUUUAUGGAUACUUCUAAUAAUGAAUUAGCAAAUUCACUUUGCAAUAUUAUUAAUUCUGCUCCAUUAAAAUCUAUUGAAUAUUGUAAUUUAAACGACAAAGCGUUGAAUUAUAUUUUAUCAAAGAUCGAAAGGGAAGAGUCCGAGGAAUAUUCCAAAUCGGAAUAUGAAUUAUUACAUUACAUUAUAUUAUGGGCUGCAAAUGAAAUCUCGGAAGACGCAUUUUCAUUUUAUAAGUCAUAUUUGCCUUCUACAGAAAUUAUUGAAAGGUUUGAUUCUACAUUCAUGCAAAAGUGGAAGGGGAAUUUCCUGUACAACAUGGAAGAAUCUCAUGCAAAAUAUCGGUCAACAAUGAUAAAAAAGACUUCAUCUCUAAUUAAAUAUGUGAAUCUCAGACAAAUUCAUCCAUUAGUAAUUUCCAAUGUAAUUGAACCUCUCAACGGAAUAGUUGACUUUAAAAUAUUGAUAGAUACAUAUCGGAACCAAGCUUUAUUAGCUGAAAAGUAUUUGAUUUACCGAGAAAAGUUACUCGUGGUAAAAAAAGCGUCUUGA